AUGCAGGUAAAACAGCCUCCCGUUCCACCAUCCUCUCUUCCAAUUAUCCUGCUAUCACCUCCACCGCUAUAUCUCGAUACCAUGGCCUGGCGGGCUUUGGAAGAUAUUCCAUAUUCCAAAGGGAAUUUAAAGGACACUCGCGCACUUGAUCGCACGGGGUUGCGACUCGUAAAGCAGUCCAGGCCAACGCUGCUCACGGAAAAAGAAAUCGCGUGUAUCACGGCUUCGUUGGAGCAUCGUCUUCAAGACGAGGGGAAGCACUACAGCUGCUUCUACAUAUUUUGCGAGGGAGAGCCUCCGGAUGACCUUGACCGGAGCUUCAAUGGAGACAUUUGGAUCAAUACAAGUCUGCAUUCUCAGUCUAUCCACUUUUGUGCGUCUAAUGACCGCUGGACAAAAUGGCGACACGACGACGACGAUUUUGAUAUGGAGCAUCCUUUUUUUGCAAUCGCUAUCUUCGGGUGGCAAUUUGCGGGCUGA